CGAGUCCCGACGAAAAAAAUAAGCAAGGAGAUCGGCAAGCGCCAUCAUUGAUUUUGUCUUUCUAGCCUUUGUUUUGAGUACUCUUGUCUGAGCAAUCUUCAAGCAGAGAGAGAGAGAGAGAUCUUUUACCUAGCUAGUGACAGUAAAUUAUGUCACAGGCACCAUGGCAAAGCAGUGGCCAGGGUGGCUACCAGCCGCCCCCUUCGUAUGGAGGUAGUUCUUCUGGUGGUGGGUCAUCAUACGGUAGCCAGCAAAGUGGUGUUUACGACACAGGAUAUCCCUCUCAGCAGUCACAGCAGCCACCUUCCCAGUCGAGCUCAAACUAUGGAGGUAACAGUUACUCAUCUCAACCAGCACCCAGCUAUUCUGACUCAGUUCCAGGACCCAGUAGUUACGAGCAGCAGCCCAUGGGAUCUUAUCCACCUCAGCAAUCGGCAUCAUCGACGACAUCCUAUGACCAUGGACGCGGUCCUCCACCAAGUUCGAAUGACUACCCUGCUCCUAGCUACAACCAGCAGCCAUCUUCUUCUUAUCCUAGCUAUGAAUCUGGUCCCCCACCUCCUCAGCGUUACGACUCGGGCCCACCACGCCAAGAACGCAGUCAGGCUGGCCCCAUGCGCCGCGAGUCUGCCCCGCGUAAUUCUCCAUACAACCCACCACCACCUCGUUCCGGUGGAGGUUACGGGUCUGGACCUUCCGGUCCCAGUGGUGGAGAUGGAUAUCCCAAUGAGCGUCGUCCAAGCUAUGGCGGUGGUGGCGGAGGUGGCUUCCAAGGCUACGACUCUGGGUUUGACAGUGGGCCUCGAGGACCACCGCCGCGUGGAUCUGGAUUCGGUGGACCUCCGUCCCGUGGCGGACCCGGUGGACCACCACGUGGACGUGGGGGUCGUGGCGGAUAUGGAGAUAGAGGUGGCCGUGGAGGCGGAUUCGGCGGCAGGGGUGGCCCACCUGAUGGUGGUCGCGGUGGAUUCCGUGGACGAGGUGGUCCUCCCCGCGGACGCGGAGGAUUCGGUGACCGUGGUGGUUUCCGCGAGCGAGGCCGUGGUGGUCGCGGUGGUACAGCUAAAACUCGCCAAGAAGCUGCUAGCACGCCGUGCUUGUACUUCAACACGCCGAAUGGUUGCAACCGUGGCCGUGGAUGCUGGUACGUUCAUGAGAAAGGAGCACCGUCAUCCAGACCACCCUAUGAGCGGGACAGCAACGAUGCUCCAUCAAGACCCCCGUUUGAGAGAGACAACAGCGGUCCUUCAUCCAGCGGUGGCCCACCGCCCGAGAAUGCGCCCCCAGCUUCCCAUGAUGAUGGACCGCCACCUGCCCAGCAACAGCAAGCUUGAGUCGACUACUCAUUGACGAUUGACUCUCACACCUGCAUGUAUGCUGAUGAUGUGUGUCUUGUCCUGUUUCAACACGUCCUCGUCUUCAUCGUAGUCCACCUUUACUGCCACUGUCCCCACUGCAUCGUUCCUGUGUGUGCGUCCUCGUCUUUGAUUGGCAAUGCCGCUACCGCUAUGCAUCCUUUCUGCUCUUCUACUCCGGUGUGUAUCUUUGACUCGUCAUCACUACCGCCAACACCGCUGCUUUCGCCGCCAUUUGCCGACUGCUACCAGCCCUGACACGUCUCCAUCGUCAACGGUGAGAUCACUCAAGCGGCGGCCGUUGUCAACCUCUCCUGUUGACGGUGGGUGCUGCAUUCUCAUCUGUAUCUGUUUAGUGAGAGCUAAAAGCUGCAAAAUGGCCACCAUCCGAAAGUCAGCAGGUCGAUCCGUGGCCCAAAAUUCCCCAAAUCUCGGCAGAGCAAAAUGGCAGCCCCUGGAAAAAAAGAAAAAAAGGAAAGUAUCUCGUCCUCUGGUAUCGUGGAUGGGAAAUCUGCGAAUGAGAAGGAGGCAAAGCCUGAAGUGAAAGAAAAAUGGGUGAAUUUUUGUCUUCGUAUGUCGGGUCAAAUUGUCAAAACGGCUGAAAGCAUUGCAUUGAUGAUGCGGCAUUGAAUCCAAAUGUCUCGAAAAGCAGCUGGUGUGUCGGUACUGUGAUUAAUUCUUAGUAGUUUCAGUGGCAGCAGCAGUAGCAGCAGCUCAUGUCUUUACCAUAAUGCAUAUUUUUUUGUUAUCCGUAUUUCCUUUUAUACGUGGCUUUUAAUUAACUGACUCAAAAAUACCAGUGCUCAGCUUAGGCAUUGGGCAUGCAAAAUCUAGGCUAGAAAGAUCGCAACAUGAACAAAAAAAAAAUGAAAAGCGUCUCUGUCAAAACCAACGAAGCAAACAUGAAAAUAA